AUGGCCAUUGAUUCUACCCUCUCAUCCACGCCAAAAAUUCUUAUCGUCGGCGCAGGCCCCUCAGGUCUCACUCUUGCCCUCUCCUUGCUUCGCAAUGGCGUCCCAGUCCGGAUCAUCGAGAAGACAACCCACCCUCGCAUUGGACAGCGCGGAGCUGGCCUCAUGCCUCGCUCCUUCGAAGUUUUCGGAUUACUCGGGAUCGCAGACAAGGUGAUCGCCCGGGGUCGCUCGAUCAUGAAGCUCAGGCUUUGGAAGAUGCCGGGAGGCGUCGAAGUCCUUAAGGAAAUGGAUAUGCAGACCGACACGGACCCGACCCCGUCCAUUCCUUACCCCAAUAUGCGCCUGUGUGGCCAAAAUAACUUGGACGCAAUCAUGCAGGCGGAGCUGAAGGAAUAUGGCGUAUCAGUAGAGCAUGGUGUUCGACUCGAUUCAUUUAAACAAUUCCCGGACCACGUCCAGGUGAAGCUUUCAAAACAAAAGCUUAGCACCGAGGAAUUGGAACAUGAGGACACGUCCUAUGACUACGUUGUUGGCUGCGAUGGGGCAAAGGGUGUCGUCCGCAAGCUCCUAGGUUUGACAUUCCUGGGUCAAACUACCGAGGAGAACUUUGUCGUAGGAGAUAUGAAGCUCGAGGGCUUGAGUGACGACAGAUGGCAUCACUGGGGCGAUAUAUCCGACAUAUUCACUGGCAUUCGUCCGACAGAGGAUACAGGCGUAUUCAACUUUAUUAUCGGCGGAACCAAGUUCGAAAACCACGCCGAGGUCGCCGCGAACGACGAAGUUUUGAAGAGCUUCAUCGAGGAGCACACGGGCAACCAAAAGGACAUGAAGAUCAAAGAGUUUAUCACCUAUGGACAUUAUCGGACAAAUAUCCGGAUGGUGAACAAAUUUUGGGAGGGCAGGGUAUUCGUCGCCGGAGACGCCGCACACAUCCACAGUCCGACCGGUGGACAGGGCCUGAACACAGGAGUGCAGGACGCUUUUAAUCUAGGGUGGAAGCUCAGCCUCGUGACGAAAGGUCUUUCACCUGCUUCUCUCUUGGACACCUACAACGAAGAGCGCCUCCCCGUCGUCGCCGAGAUGCUCAAUAUUACGACUGGUAUCCUUAACGCAACUCGCGCCGCUCCUACUGGCGACGACGCGUGGAAGAGGACAGGAGCGCUCAAGCAGCUUGGAGUCAAUUAUCGCUGGAGCAGCAUCAUCGUUGACGAGCCCAAGGAACGUUUGGCUCAGGAAGGGAAACCCCACUGUGCUACUUCCGCGUACUAUGUUGAGGUCGGCGGAGAGGUGCAGGCGGGUGAUCGCGCUCCAGACGCGAUGGCCCUCGCUCGACCUUCGCGGCGGGAAGGCACCACGAGCCUCUUCAAGAUCUUCGAUGCCUCUCGCCACACAGUUCUCAUCUUUUCCGACAGGAUCGAGGGCUAUCAGCCUUUCCUCUCUUUGGUGAAGGCAUACCCAUCGGAGUUGGUUAGGCCAAUUCUUAUCACAAGUGCGGGGAAGGGGUUCAGCACUGAUUGCGACGUCUUCGUUGACGAAGAAGGCCAUGCGCAGGACGCGUACAGAGGACCAGAAUGUACCAGUGGGGUUUUCGUGAUCCGUCCCGAUGGAGUCGUCGGUGCCCGGGUAGGGAAUGUGGACAAGUUGGUCCGUUACUUCAAGGGUGUCUUUCGGGGAUAA